UCUUCCCGAAUCUGCUCUAUUGACCACGAGGUUUCCGCACCCCAACCUUGCGAUUCUUCAUUCUCUGUUCUCUGCUGUCCGCUGCUGCUUUCUAUUAUCAUCACUUACGGAAAGCCGCAAAAGAAUACCAAAGCAACGUCAUCAAAUCGCUGACGUUCAAGAACCACACAGCUCUUACAGCUAUCGCGGCGGCAGCCAUGCUUGCCUUGCUGCCUUUCUGCAAGCCGUCCACCCCUCUUGACGGCCGGUUCGCCAAGUACAUUUUGCUGCCGAACCCUCAGUCAAAGAUGGACAACGAGCCGAUUUUGGGGGACUGCCUCCUGGACCGUUCCGUUGUCGCUGUCGAAGACCGGCGGCCACGUGCGCGAGAGGACCCUUGCGCAUUUCGGACGAGACUGGUCGACCCUCUUGGGGAUUCUGAGGACAAUCUUGCUUUCGAGAGCACCGACAAGGUCGACGCUGAAAACAUCAGGUUUGACGACUCCCAGUGUAUUUCGGUUGGUCGGUCGAUGAGAAGGUUCAAGACCGUGUUGGAACCGCCAGCAUCAUGUCCUUGCGAAGCCGAGCAAACCAACGAGGGCGGAAUUGCCAAGGGGCAGAGCUCACCCUCUACCGCGGCGGAUCCAGCCAGCCCAGAGAAGGCUGCAGCCAAUAUCGACAAAGAACCCCUGUACGCCCUGGCUGGCAAGCGCCAAGGCGUCGCAACACAUCGCAAAGCCCUCAGCGAUCCGACCACGAUCUACCAUUCUUCCCGGGCCAACGAGGACGUUGGCGAAGAUGAGGAUAACAGCAUGGAGGCCAUGAACAUGCCUUUCUGGAGCCUUCCUCGGCGCCAGAAGCGGCACAUCAGCUAUACCGGAGGAGACAUCCCAGACGAUAUGUCCAUCAUUUCGGACACCUCGCUCAUUCCGACAUACUUCCCAAGCGACGCCAUGAAGCAACAGCGUCACCACCAUCGCGCUCUCUUCAAGCGGCUCAUUCUCGCGAAGGCUAAAGCCGCCAGACAGACUAUGCGUCAACUGAAGCGUUCGUGCCGCGAUGCUGUGGACCACGUCUUUGUCGAACCAGGAAUUCAUCGCACGCCUGAGUGCGUCCCCGUCGGAGCCGCCUUCUGAAGGAGUUUGGGCUUCAGCUUCAGGCGCAAGCAGAAUGUGACUCACAGGUUGCACCCCCCGUCGCCUUGUCCUCCCUUUGCGACACUCUAAUACUGUUGGCUCCUGACCAUCGACGUGUGUUGCGCAACUACUUUGUUUCUGAUGACCAGCCUGUCUGCCAAUCAUUUACCAUCGAGAGACUGCAUUUAA